UCUCUAAUUCUGUGUUCAUUGUGAAUUGGGUGUUAUCACAUAUCAACGAGUGGGGGACGGAAGAUGAUAAAAAAAAAAAAAAAAGGAAAAAUGGUUAACAAAAACUUCAUCAUAUUAUUACGAGAUUUUAUUGUAGCAAACAUUCACGAAGCGGCUGGCGUGCAUCCAUCAUUUUAACUGUUACUAGUCACAUGAGAAAGCUUUGGUCUUUUUCCGAGUUGUCGGAUUUUAAAAGCAGCAACCGUGAAGUUCUACCUUCUAUCUACUUCUUCUUCAUCUCCUCGCUUGUCCUCAAGUGUUAUUACAGGCGAGAUGUUAAUGAAAACUCAAACUUUGACACACCCCACCACAAUCCCUUCAACUCCUCCUUUCCCAAAUCACAGCGCACCCAACCCAAGACUGAAAUUUGUCAAACUUCAAGCACUUUGUUGUUUGAGGAAGAAUGACAAGUUCAAUGGCUUAUCUAGUAACCCAUCUUCAAAGGAGUGAGCUUUCUUUUUCCUUUUUCUUUUUAAGCAAAAUCCCCUUAAUAUAUCUCCAACAUUUGCAUUUUCCAAUGCAUGUCAGGUCAGAAGGUCAUGAGAAUGCAGAAAUGUCUCAGGGAGAGUUGCAAUCUUCAAAUGUUAAGCCAGAAAUGAAAGACAACCAUAUAUGGCGGCUUUUCAAAGAAGCUCAACAGAACAUUUUGUACUUGAACAAACAAAGGCUUGUGGCUCUGGAGGAGCUGGACAAAGCAAACAGGGAGAAACAGUUGCUGCUUGAUAGGAUACAGCAACUGGAUGCAAAAAUGCAAAUUCCUGGUGUGAAAGAUAAUAUAUCACUUUGCUGGGAGUUGCUUCUCCGGAUAGACUCACUGGUCCUCACUGGGAUGAUUAGCAAUGUGGAAGCAUCUGAUUUGAGAAGGCUGGUCAUGGAUCGCAAAGUUAGCCUAGCUGAUGUCUUCUCUGAUAUCCUGCAGAAAAGAGAUGCUGAGAUUCUGGCAGAACUCCGCCAAUUCUCUGAGGGAACCAAAAAGAACGGUUAUUACAUUAUCCACAUAUGCACUGAAAUGGAGCCACUGGUUUCUGUUGGCCCAUUGUCAUCAUAUGUGACUGGCCUAUCUCAUGCAUUGCAAAGGAAGGGCCACUUGGUGGAGGUUAUUUUGCCAAAGUAUCCCAACCUUGACCUUGAUGAAGUUGAAGGACUACAGGAAAUGGAGGCAGAGUCUUACUCGUAUUUUAAUGGUCAGUUACAUGGAAAUAAAAUCUGGACUGGUGUUGUUUAUGGUAUUGGAGUUACUCUUAUUGAACCUUUGUUUUACUCAUCAUUCUUCAGCCGGGAGAGGCUGUAUGGUUAUUCAGAUGACUUUGAACGAUUUUCCUAUUUCGCUCGUGCAUCUUUGGAUUAUAUAGUAAAAUGUGGAAAGCAGCCUGAUGUGUUACACAUACACAACUGGGAGGCUGCUAUUGUUGGACCACUUUUCUGGGAUAUUUUUGUUAAAGAGGGCCUUGGAGGCACUAGAAUUCUAUUAACAUGCCAUGGCCUCGACUCACAGUGUCUUGAGCAACCUGAUAAGCUUGCUCUAUGUGGUCUGGAUCCUAGUAGGCUAAACCGUCCUGAUCGUUUGCAAGAUAAUGCCAAGACACAUCUGGUGAACAUCUUGAAGGGUGGGAUAGUUUAUUCCAACGAAGUUAUAAUUAUGUCUUCAAUACACUCUAAAGGAAGGAUCAUUCAUAGUAUGGGUCAUGGACUGGAACCUACCUUAGCCACUCACAAGUAAAUCUCAUCAAUUCUGAAUUAUGUCUUCUUGUAGGUUUUAUUUUAUUCUUUCUCCACUUCUGCAACUGGAAAUGACAUUUUAAU